UUAAACUUCUCUAUUUCAGGACCGCGUGUUCACUCUAUUUCUGAUUAUUUCAGAGGCGUAUUUGUUCUGGUGAAAGAGCAUCUGAGUAAGUGUUUUUUAUUGUUAUAUUUUGAGAACCACAUGAAGGAAGUGAAAGUGCUUCAGGGUAAAUUUAUCAAACACACAAAAACAAAUAUUCACUUCUUUCUGCUAUGAAAUAUAAUUUCAUAGUUUAUCUAACAGCAUUAAGUUCUUGUCUCUUUUUUUAUCCUAAAAAGUGCAUGUCUGUCUCUGGGAUAACGGGGUCACUUUAGGGGUGACAUUAUUCAGGUCACUUGGGAGGAGGCUUUGUGAGGAAAUGCAAAUGUCCAAGUUCUGAAAGAAGACUGAGAAGAAGUUGGGCUGAAAGAGGAAGGCUUCUCUCUCCAGUUCUCCUCUCACUGGGCUGAUUAACAAUCUGCUUUUCAUUUCUGUUCACGAUGCGGUUUUACGGAGCUCUGAUCCUGCUUAUGACUCUGUCUGCAGCAAGUGGAUUAAGAUGCUACACGUGCACAGCCACCGACCCGAAAUCCUGCACAGACACCAAAUCAUGUCCUGUCAUCUUCAACCGUUGUUUCUCUCUCAGAAUAGACGGUUUUGACAUGGUUACCAAGGGCUGCCAAACCAGCCUAGCAUGUGGCGGUGCCAUGGCUUGCUGUGAGGGGAACUUGUGUAACAACGCCAUACCAACUGGUCCCAGUGUCGUCCUCCUGCUGGUUUCCUCAGCCAUCAUCUCACUCUUUCUCUGAGGCUUUGGGAUUUUGUUUUAUUUACUCUGUGUUGCACCUUUUUUUUCUUUCUAAUUUGAACAACUGAAGAAGAAUAAACAACUUCAAUGUGAAACUGCACCGUAAAAACUCUAUUUCUGAGUGACUGAUCUUAUUUAGAUUUAAAGUCUAACUUGUUUCGAGUAUGGACGGAGUAUACAGUUUUUUGUUUGGUUUACAAAAAAACUCUCUGACCUUUUUCAAUA